CUCGGAGUAGAUUAGAUUGGAAGUGGAAGUCAUCUCACCAUGCCACGGACAGCAACUCCCACACACCGGCUAAGUUCAGCGCACCAAACACCACUGUUUGUACCGACUCUGCGCAAAAAUCCCGCAUGUUAUCCCGUGAGCCUUGGAGCCCUAAUCCGCUUCCUUCCGAUUGCCGUCAUCCUUUUUCGGAGGGACCAAGCGUUUGCACCGUUCAAUAUUCUCCAGGAUGUCGCUGUUGAGUCGUUCACCUGGGAAUCAGACCGCGAAUGGAGAAAGAUUUCGGCUCCGGUACAUUGGAGAGACUGGUUUCCUUUACCGGGUGGCAGCAGCAAUCCAGUCAAAUCCAUUUCCGGCUCUGCGGAUACUUAG